AGUCGUGAUAACUUGUUGGGAUUAUGGAUGUGGCCUCUUUCUGUGAGUGACACAUAAAACUGAGACCUGGACCACGUCUUCGGGGUGGUCUUCAUGCAGGGGAGGCCGAGAGGUGUCAGGCAUGAGCAUCUGCAAAUCAGAUGGGGUAACUGUUUAAUUUUGAAAGACAGGAUCAAUCACGAGUAUUGGCCAAUCCCGUUAUACUGCAGCCAUGGGGGAAGGGAAGGGAGGGACAGAUGGGACUGACACAUGGUCCCUGUCGACCUCCUACUCCUCCUCCUCCUCACCCCUCCUCCCCUCACAGACUCUCUGCCUAAUCUGACCGGGUAGGACAGGGGGAGGAUGGGGGAGGGCACCGGGCAUUCGCCACCACCUCUCCCUCUUUUCUGGCAGCACCCAACAUAGUCGCAGAGCCAAAGCACGCAGGAUAUGGGCAAAAAAACAACUUAUUCCCCUGUGAGACUGGACUGAGAGCAGCUGAACCGGUGCUCAUGCUGAGGCUCUCGGCAGCAGGGAGCCCAGCCGGACUAGAAUCACCACUAAUCCAGCAAAAGGAGCGUGUAGGCACAACCUGCUGGACUCUUUGGUCUUACUUUUUAUUCUCGUUUUCUAACAGGCCAGUCAGAGGAAGUCAUGCUCUGGCCUCUGUAAGGAUGUGAGGAUCCCAUCUUUGCAGGCUUGCUGAGAAAACCUGUUUGUGUGGAAAUUCAUGGCCAAAUGUAGAGUCGUGGUGGCAGAGGAAAAGCAGUUUAGAGGCACAAUGUCGGCCACUCAGGGGAUGAACCGCAGCGGCGUCUACAACUACUUCCUCAACAUGGUGGCCUAUCAGAUAUGCUGUUGCUGUGGUCCAGCUCCCUGCUCGCUCUGCUGUGCCUUCUGUCCGCCGGUCAAGUCCUCCACCAGCACGCGGGUCAUGUACACCCUGUUCCACAUCAUGAGCUGCGCCGUCUCCUGCCUCAUGCUGUCCCGCACCGUCUCUGAGCUCGUCAGGGAAAAUGUGCCUUUCUUCAACGUGGUGUGUGACCAGGCGCACGGCGGAGGCCACUGUGAGAUGCUUGUGGGCUACUCAGCGGUCUACAGAGUCUGCUUUGGCACUUCCUGUUUCUACCUGAUGAUGGCGAUCUUCCUCAUAGACGUGAAGUCCAGUCAGGACUUCAGAGCGCUCAUACACAACGGCUUCUGGUUCCUGAAGUUCAUCACGCUGCUCGGGAUGUGCACCGCCGCCUUCUUCAUCCCAACAGAGUCCUUCCUCCACGCUUGGCAUUAUGUCGGCGUGGUGGGAGGAUUUGCCUUCAUCCUCAUCCAACUCAUCCUCAUCACAGCAUUUGCACACACCUGGAACAAGAACUGGCUGACCGGAGCAGCAGAGAACAAGCGCUGGUAUCUGGCGGUGAUGUGCGCCACCCUCUUCUUCUACACCAUCGCCACCAUGGCCUUCACCUUCAUGUACAAGUACUACACACACCCCAUCGCCUGCCACUUCAACAAGGCCCUGCUGUGGAUCAACCUGGGACUCUGCGGCCUCGUGUCCUUCAUUGCCGUCACACCGUGCGUGAAGCAGAAGCAGCCUCGGUCGGGCCUCCUCCAAGCCUCCAUCAUCAGCUGUUACGUCAUGUACCUCACUUUCUCUGCGUUGUCCAGCCGUCCACCAGAGAAAGUGGUGUAUCAGGGCACCAACAUGACCGUCUGUUACCCCAGUGUGGGACAAGAUGGCAUCCAGAAUGAAGGCAACGCUGUGGCCAUCAUUGGAGCUGCCAUCAUGUACUGCUGCGUCCUCUUCGCGUGUAAUGAAGCUUCCUACCUGGCUGAGGUGUUCGGUCCGUUCUGGAUGAUCAAAGUUUACCGCUACGAGUUUCAGAAAGCCACCUGCUGCUUCUGCUGCCCCGAGGAAGAGGAAGCUGAGGAUGAGUUUGUGAUUGACGACGAAAGCAAAGGCUGUCAGAAGGUCAUUCACAACGAGACCCAGCGAGUGGCCUACAGCUACUUCUUCUUCCAUUUCGUCUUCUUCUUGGCCUCGCUGUACGUCAUGAUGACCCUCACCAACUGGUUCAGCUACGAAUCUGCUGUGCUGGAGACCACCUUCACCCACGGCAGCUGGUCUACGUUCUGGGUGAAGAUGUCGUCCUGCUGGGCCUGUGUGAUCCUCUACCUCUGGCUGCUGCUGGGCCCUCUGUGCAGCUGUCAGUCUGAAUCCAGACCUCGCCGCGCUCGCAUCAAACGCCGCUCGGCGUCCUCCCGUCAUGUCACUGUCAGCGUCUGACACUCUCAGUGAGGGGCCAGGCAGGAGGGAGGCGGGAGGGGCCGCGAUGUGGACCAGAGGUCAGGUGACUUCCCCGCCGUGUCCCACAGGAGAGGAUUUUCAGGAAGGUCACAGGGGUCAAAGACUCGCGGUGCUGUGAGAAGGACCAAUCAGAGGGCUCAAUGUUCAGUGGCCCAUCGAUCUGUGAAGAACUGGUUAAGACCUGACCUCACGGGCUGAACACCAUGAAGUUAAACCACUAACAAGGACUUGACUGUGGUUGGAAACACACUUACAGUAUGAAUUGCCAAAGGGGUCAGAGGGGGUGGACUCUCACCCCCUAUAAUGUGGGAAUUACAGGAAGUAGGUGUACAGCUGGAUUUAUGAUUUUUUUAUUCUUUAAUUUUAGUUAUUUUAAAUUCUUGGCAGUAUUUAGACUUUUCAGAUUAUAUCAGAGGAGGAAUUAGAGAUAUUUGCUGUAAUAUCACAAGCACACGUCCCACAUAUGUUUUUGAUCAUGAACAAAUCUUUCUCAAAGCUGCAGACGGGGAGCUCUGAAUCUUUUCUGCAUCUUUUUUUUCAUUCUCACAACUCAAAACCCACACUGAAAUUUCAGCUCAAUGAUGCGAUACAAAGAAAAUAUCCUGUGGUUUGCAGAAACGUACAGCGGCAACGUUUAUUCUGGUGAUUGGGUUGAUGAUACUACACAACACACACUCACACUCACACACACACUGUGGCGAUUAAUCACUACGUCACCCUGCAGUCACAUUCACUGGUUACACUGUAAGCCUUGAAAACUUGUUCCAGCUAUUUGGGAACAUGUCUGUGGAGACUCUCAGUCAUCCAGGUCAUAUUCACUCAAAGAGUUAACUCUGUAACUCUUUGAGUGAGCUAUUUGGGAAAUGCACUGUGCCUUGUGUGCAGAUUACACAGACGGUAUGACAGGUCGAGCGGUGAGUUUUAGAUUUGUGGCAUACUGUUGAGGUUUGCACAGCCACGCUAGCUGUGUCCGUUUCCACUCUUUGUGCUAAGCUAAAGCUAAACUGACUCCCAGCUGUGGUCUGACAGUCAGUGCACAUGACAUGAGAGUGUGUCAUCAAUCAUCUCAGUUAACCCUCCUGGGUGUGUGUGUGUGUGUCCAAAAAGGUAAAACUGUUGCUUGACUUUUCAACCCAGUGUAAAAAUGAACUGCAGCUAAUUACUCCAAAACCCCAACUUGAAAUCUCCUACUGGAAUGGCAAUGAAUGGAAGUCAUGCCGUCGUUAAUAACUUGUUA